AUGGCGCGCCUUUGCCCUGGUCUGUCCAUGGUCACCGGUGCUUACCUAGUGCUUGGGUACCACAGAUACUUGGUCUUGGUACCUGUUGUUGGUGUGGUUGCUCAUGUUCUGCCUAGUUGGCCCAGCUGGGCACUGCUGUGCCUCAUCUCGUCGAGUCCAACUAAUAAAACCAUCCUCCCCGUUCGUGUGUUUCUACCCUUUUACCUCGUUCCUCACCUCUUCUGA